UGCCCAAGGUGCAUUCAUUUGUCCAGUACUACUGGUACAGUCGAGGUAAUAAGUCGAAUUGAAAUAUCAACAAUCGAGGUACAGUCUGCCCGGGGAUGCAUGAGUCACCUUGAUGCAUUGAGGUCCCUCUGGUGGGGAUAACCGUUCUGUCAAAUGGUCAAAUCGAGGAGAUUCAAUCCAAUUUGGUUUACCAAUUUUUUUCCACCGAUUUUUCGCGAGGAUGAGGACUCAAGAGUACUCAGCUGAUAUUAUGCAGCUACAUCGAUAAUUUUGUUUUGGGUUUCUGUUACGUAAUCGACCGGAGUGCCCAUUAGUCCAUUAGUGAGGUUAAGUACUUAUAACUGUUUUUCUCGGUGAGUUAUGAAUGGGGAAGAUAUGGUUUUAGCUGUUUGGAGGUGCUGGCAACAUUAGUACGCCCAUCGGGUCAUGAAGAUCUUCGUAAAUGUAAUUCAAGAAUCACCACCCACCUCAUUCUAAACCUCCCCCACCCGCCAGCCCCCAUAAUGCAGCCUCACCCCGAAUGAAGCAACCAUAGCCCCCGAAAAAAUGGCUGCAAUUCGUCACACGCUCCAACGCGAGGUGUUCACCCCGAGCGACGAGAAGCUGCUGAGCGUGUGCUUCGUAUCGAAAGCCUACAAGAAGAAGAAAACGAGUUUCCUCUGCCUAGCGACAACGACGGACACCCCAGGCUCCCUGCUGCUCUACCAAGUAAAGAAGAACGACAAGAAUGUCUUCAAGAAGAAGCAGUCCUGGCUCCUGACGGACAUCCAAACAGUGGACGGCGUGAGCACUGAUUCGAUGGACAUGGAGCUGCACAUAGACAAAAUGUACAGAUGGUCAGCGACGACAGCCCAGGAGCGCCGGACCUUCCUGAGCAACCUGUACACCUACUCCUGCAGUCUCCCCCAGCGUCCAGAGUUCAAGACCAUCCCUAAGGACUGGCUGAUCGACCCAACAGCAUUGAAAGAGAGCGACAGUAUAACGUUCACCCCAGACCUGCUGACCCCAUCGAUAUCCUCAGACUACCAGCCCAUAACCGAGAAGGAGGCAUCAGACCUCGAGAAAUUGGUGUCAGACUGCAACUACGCGAUCUCCAAUGCAGAGCUCUUCAUGGAGACCCUCUCAAAAGACCUGUCGAUCCUGGACGGCGAGAACGUCCAGUCGGUGCUCGCCUCGGAGCCCCAGGUGACCCAGCUGAUGAACGGCAUCGAGGCGGCCAUAACCGAGGCCUCAAUCGUCGAGGCUCGCCUCACAGUCUACGACGAGGCUCUGGGCAGGAUCAGGGAGGUGAUGGCUAGAGUUGGACAGAAGAACCAGGCCAUUCACACUGCUAAUCACAACGCCAGACUUCUUCUCGAUCAGCUUGAUGCAGUGAUAACCCAGCUAGACAUAUCCAAUCAUCACCAGCAUAUCAUCAGCGAGGCUGAACUGCCUGGGGGUCGAGAGGAGCUUUCUCUGGCUGGUGCAGCACUGCUGAAGGCUGUUUCUGCCCCUUUGCCUCCGGGACUUGAUAAACUGUCUGCUGUCACUGAGCAGAAGAGACGACUGGACAAACUCAGGGCCAAGUUCGCUUUGCUGGUGGCGAGACAUCUCAAUAAUCUUUUCAUUCAUCUGGGGAAUGAUGUGGGGGAGACUGGGGUGUCAACCACGGAUUUGAUACUGCCCACUCACUCCACUGUUCACAGGGAGCUCGAGCCUUAUACGGAACUCAUGCAGCUGCUGAGGGCUCUUGAUAGCAAGGCUUUCGCACAGCUGAGCAAGGUUUACACGGGGACCAUGUCUAAGCUGUAUAAACGGGAUUUGAAGGUGUUUUUUGAGGAGGCCAGGGGGAGACUCAUCAGUACGAGACCUCAGCAUACCUCCAAGUCGGGUAGUCAGAAGGGGGAGGAUCUCAUCACGCCGGCUCCCAUGUGCCUUCUGAGCAAUGAAGUUUGGGCGCCGCAGGGUGAAGGUGCUCUCCUGGACUCCCUCCUGGACCGAGCUCUAUCCCAGCUCCAGCCAGUGUGCCUGGCAGAGCAAGCCUUCUGUGUCACCUUCUUCCAACUCGAUUUGGCACUGACCCCAUCCAAGAGUGGAGACGAAGAGGUUGACAAUCCCAACAGUGGAGCCAUCUCCCCAGGGUCUGCCACCUCAACAGCAAGUAAAAAACUGGAGAGACAGGUCAACGAGGAGGUCAGAGCCACGAUGUCUGCGAUUUUUCCGAGUCUCGAGCCAGAGCUCAACAAUUUCAUUUCAUUUCUCGACAAGAUCGACUCGUUCUGGUGCAUGUUUGUCCUCGUCAGAUUGUCCCAGCACGUAAUGUCUGCCCAGGACACUGGAUCCUUCCUCUCCAUGACCUUUGCCUCUGCUCUGGUGCAGGUCAAGAGGGCUUUCGACAAGUUCAUGCAAGCACAACUCCAGUCAAUUCACGAUACUAAAGUCAAUAGGAGACACAAGUGCGGAAUCCUUCCUUACGUCGAUAAUUUUGGGCCCUUCGCAAGGGCGGGGGAGAAGAUAUUCAAGAAUUCUGAUCGAAAAGUUGAUCUUGAGAAGUGGUACACUAAACUGGUUGGUGCUAUGUUCGAGGGAAUCAGUGUUCACAGCAGUGAACACCACAAAACUCCCCAGGAAGUCAUCAAGAUGGAGAAUUUCCAUCAUCUCUAUGACUUGCUGAGUCAGCUGAAGAUUUCUGUUUUGGAUCACGAGAGGAAGGAGGCCAAGCAGAAGUAUCAGGAUGCACUCAAGGCGUAUGUGAUUCAGUACUUUGGGAGGCCAUUGGAGAAACUCAAUUUGUUCUUUGAGGGGGUCCAGGCGAAAGUGGGGGCUGGGGUCAAGGAGUCUGAGAUCAGUUAUCAGAUGGCUUUCAGCAAGCAGGAGUUGAGGCGGGUCGUUCGGGAGUAUCCUGCCAGGGAGGUCAAGAAGGGACUGGAGAAUCUUUAUAGGAAGGUGGAGAAACACUUGUGCGAGGAGGAGAAUCUCCUGCAGGUGGUCUGGAGAGAAAUGCAGGGUGAAUUUAUAGCCCAGUACAUUUACAUCGAAGAAUUGAUCCAACGAUGCUAUCCAGACAGUAACGUAACCCUGGAAUUCACCAUUCAAGAUAUUCUAGAAUUUUUCUCUGAAAUAGCCAGAUCCCAUUGAAGAGCAAAUAAAUACAAAAUCUUCACUGGCUCCCGUUAGAUUCACACUAUGAUACUCAUCACAUAAAGGAUUGUAAAUAAUUCGAAAAUAAUGUAUAUUGUACAUAAGACAUGUUAUUAACAUUCAGAAAUUAUUUUCAUAAUUUUUCUUUUGUUUAUGUCGAUCAAGUUUGCAGUUCAAAUUAAAUAGUAAAAGAGGGAACAGAAAUUGUUGAAA